AUGUCUUCACCGCGAGAACAGUUACUAAUUAUACUUGCUCAAGCCGUUUCACAGCAACAGCCAGAGUUGUUGAAAAAUGCUGAGGCAACCUUAAAAGAAUGGGAAACGGCUCCCGAGUUUCAUUAUACCUUGUUGGACAUAGUUUAUGAUAAAACCAUUGAACAAAGUAUUCGCUUCCUAGCUGCCAUUUAUCUCAAAAAUGGAAUUGAUAAGUACUGGCGAAAAACUGCCAAAAACGCUAUAAGACCAGAGGAGAAAGCACAAAUUAAAAGUCGGUUACUCUCAUUUAUGGACGAGGAAAUCAAUCAGUUAGCAAUGCAAAAUGCAAUAUUGGUUUCUAAAAUUGCUCGGUUAGACUAUCCAAAAGAAUGGUGCGAUUACCAAUCGAGACUAAUUCAGAAACGAUUAUUAUUAACCCUACAUCUCACUGUAAAGGCACUAUGCUCUAAAACUUUUGCUCCUGAUCGAAAAAUGCUCGAACAGAUCGCUCCAGAUUUACUUCGAGAUGUUGGCAGCGUAUUUAUUGAACAUAUAAAUCGAUUUUACGCGUUAUUCUCUUCUAGUAAUGAUGUUUCUCAAAUAACUAUGGAGCUGGAGACUUCUAUUUUGGCAUUGAAAUGUAUCAGACGAUUGAUUACUCACGGAUUUCAAGAUAUUACUGAAGUAGAUCAAGCAAAGAGGUUUCCAGGACUCCUCUUUGAUUACUUGCAGAAAUUCUUCAAUUUGAGAAUUUCAAUGCAAGAUGCUGAAUCUCCGAUUUUCGCUUUUAUCGAAUCUCACAUUACUCUUAUUGGCAAGCUAUAUAUUGAUUUACAAAAGACGCAUCCGGUCCCAUUUGCACUUGCACCGCAGGCUAUGGAAAUUGUAAAAUAUUAUUGGAACGUUCUUGUUGUGCAUGGACCAUCUUAUGAUCAAGGAUUGUCAACAAAUUCAUCACCGAUGCAAUUCGAAAAGUUCUUCGUGCAAGCUUUAUUGCUUAUUAAAGGAGUAAUUAAGAAGUCUGCUUACAAUCAAAAUCCGCGGGGGAUUGAUAAGUCAAAAAUAGCAGCAGCCAUUAAAACAGUAGAUAAUGAAUUUCUCACGCCAGAGUUUAUUACUUCUUGUGCUGAAAUCUUGAUAUCAAGAUUUCUGAUUCUAACGAAGGAAGAUUUGAACAUGUGGGAGGAAGAUCCAGAAGGUUGGGUGAAUUCUUCAGAGGCUGAUCACUGGGAAUAUCAAUUAAGACCAUGUGCCGAAAAAGUUUUUAUGGAAUUAUUAGUACAAAAUCGAGAACUUUUGUCACCUCUUAUAAUCAAAUUACUAGAAAAUGUUGCAUCAUUCUCUGAUGAAAAUAAUUUAUUGCUGAAAGAUACUGUGUAUUCAGCUGUUGGACUUGGUUCUCAUGAAUUAUAUGAUGUAUUGGAUUUUGAUAGUUUCCUAGUCAAUCAUUUAGUCAACGAAGUUAGAAAUCGUAACCCAAGCUUCAAAAUAAUCCGUCGUCGCAUUGGUUGGUUGAUUGACGAAUGGGAUUUUGACGCGAACGUUUUCUCUGAGUAUCUUGAUCAUUCGGUCACAUCAUUGAUUCAAAUCAUUAUGGUGGUAGAACAAUUUGAUACUCGGAUGAAGAUUUUAAAUUGUUUAUCUGUUAUAAUAGAACGAAUGGAAGAAAAGAUUGCUCCGUUUACUCAACACAUAACAUCGUUACUACCACCUCUCUGGGAAGCUUCACGGCAAGAACCUUGGUUUAAACCGUCUAUUUUGACCAUUCUAACUAGAUUAGUAGGGGCUUUAAAAGAAAAUUCUAGUAAUCUCCAAGAGUUUAUAAAACCUCUAUUACAGUAUAGUAUUAAUCCUAACAUAGAAGAAAGUGUCUAUUUAUUAGAAGACGCAUUGGACUUAUGGCUUGCUAUCCUUCAAAAUACCGAGCAAUGCACACCCCUUUUAUUUGAACUAGUGCCUUCUGCCAUUGCAUUGUUAGAAUUCGGAUCAGAAACAUUAAAGAGAGUUUUAAAAAUUUUAGAAAGUUAUAUUAUCCUCGUGCCUCAGAUGGUGAUCCAGACAUUUGGACAUUCUAUUUUGGAUGCAUUUACGCGUCUCCUAGGUGACCUUAAAACAGAAGCAAGCAAUUUUGUUAUUCAUGUGAUUGACACAAUAUUGCAGACUUGUCCAAUUCGGUUAACGGGCGAAACUCUAAUUGGUACUGGUCUUCUAUGGAAGCUUAUGAAUAUUAAGCAACCUUAUAAUGUUGUCGGCUAUAUAUCAAUAUUCGCUCGAGUUGUCAUAAGCGAGCCAAAUUACUUUUUACAAUUCAUUGCAAUUGCUGGCCAACAAUCAAAUACACAGGAGCACGCAUUGCUCGAAAAAGUGUUGGAUGUAUGGAUUGAAAGGUUUGACAAUAUUGCGCAUCCAAAGCAAAGGAAACUGAAUGCUAUGGCAUUCACCGCUUUAAUUGCCAUCACAAAUACCAUCAUCCUGGCGCGUCUACCGCAGUUUAUUAGUAUCUGGUGCGAUGUCCUAAGCGAAGUUCGAGAAAAUGGCGGAGGAGACGCUCUAGUUUACUGGGAACAUGAACCAAACGAAAAUAAGGAAUUUGUCAAUGAAGAAGAAACUGCCGAAACUAAGAGACGCAGAGCGUUGCUACAACAGGACCCAGUUCAUAGUACCAAUUUGAUCCAAUAUAUUCAGGCAAAACUAACCGAAUGCGAGACUUUAAAUGGCGGACCGGACUUAUUCCGACGACAAUAUUUAGCUUCUAUCGAUAAUGAUUUGCUAGAUCAGUUUUAUAGUCUAAUGUCUUGA